GACACCCAUUUGUAAGAAUUUUCUUGCAGAUUUUGGUGAAUUCUAUCGGGAGAUGAAUAACCUCCCAUUUUCUUCGGCAAAUGCGGAGGGUAAAGAACUGUCACUGGAUGAUUACGAUCGGGUUCGAACGCCGCAUAAGUCAUUGGCGGAUAACACUGAACUUCGACUAAGAGCUGGGACUCUUUCAACUGAGCUUAGCUGUCCGAUAUGUCUUGAUCUGUUGACUCAAACAAUGACCACCAAGGAAUGUCUUCAUCGAUUUUGUGCCGAAUGUAUAACAACGGCGUUGUUUCGUGGAAACAAAGAAUGUCCGACAUGUAGGAAGAAACUGGUUUCGAAACGUUCAUUGAGACCUGAUCCGAACUUUGACUCUUUGAUAGCUAAGAUUUGGCCUGAUCGGAAGACCUAUGAGGACUUGCAAAAAGAUGCGUCAGAGAAGUUUGCAGCUCAGACAAAUAUGGAUGCACUCAGAAAUUCGAUUGAAGAGGGCAUAAAAGCACAAGAAGUGAAUCGUCGGAAGCGAGUUCAGGGCUCUUACGAAUGCGAAAGACGAAGGAAGCGACGAGACGAGGAUGGAACUGCCAACGGCCCAGAUGAUGCUGCUGAGAAUGAGUCGAACUCUCCCACCGAUGAGGAUGGAGAAGGAGCAGCCCAGAUGUCGUGGAACUCCAACAACAAUGCCGCUCCUAACAUCAAUAAUGACUUUUUGGAAGAGGAGGAAAUUGUCGACGAGUUGGAUCUGCUUACCGAAGAAGAAUUGCAAGCCGAAUACGAUGAAUUGGAAGAAGCUGAAAUGGAAAAUAACGAAAAUGAGGAGACCGAACAGGAAAGCAAGAGCGAGGAUGACAGUGAUUCAUCAUCAUCGACGUAUAGCAGUUCCGGGGCGUCGUCACUUGUCUCCUCCACGCCUUCAUCAUCAUUGUCCAUUUCUGAGUGCAGUGAUGAUGCACCACCACAACCGCCACUUGCAAAUGGUAACCCCAGUGAUACCCCGGGAACAGAGGUCAGUGGCAAGUUUUUGAAGAAUUCUACGCCACCUAUGGUGCAGAACAACAGCGACGAGUUGACCACCAUUAACACCAAUGCUACCACGUCGGAAUUGUCGCCGUUGACUAGUGGCUCGCAGCAAAGCUCAAAUUCACAUUCUGUCCAUCCGCCUGUUUCUAUACUUCAUCCUAAGGAACGUUUACAUCAAUGGUUGGACGAGAAUCCUUCUUCUCCUCACAUGCCUGAGGAGAACAUGAAUGAUCCUUUAACGCGCAGGACAGAUGACGACAUGUACGAUCCGCCUAUUUCUGGUGCAGAUGAAAUAGAAGCGGAGCUUCUCCCUUCCGCUGCAUUGUUACGUCGGCAAUGUCCAGCAGAACUAAUGCAGCCACGGUACAUAAGAACAAAGCACGACACAACGAUGGAGCAUUUGGCAGAGUUUAUCCACGUGAGGGUGAUGGAGGAGGUUCAGUCAAAUCAGACCGAUUUUGAUGCAGAUCCGGUGCCGACGGUCCCUCGACCUCAACAUUUCUAUGUUUUUAGCCGUAAUGACGGGCAUCACAUUCGUAAAAUUUUCCUGCAUGAGACUAUGUUGACAGCGCAGAGCGCAAUGACCAAAGAUGAUCACCUUAUUAUUUUCUUUGAUACGGAACCACCACAACUGCGGGAAGAAAAGUCGAGUGUACUUGAGGACGUUGUUCAUGCGCAUUUUCUCAGUCUUCCUCAUGUUUAGGCAUAUUUUACUUUUGCACUGUUGUUUGGCACGAGUUGUACCGCAAAUGCUCUUAUAUCCUGGCUUGUACGGUUUAUUGAUCUCUUUCUCCUCCUCAUUUUACGAUGGGAGAAUUAUCUGGCCGUAUCGGUCUUUUGUCAUGAAAAAUGAUGUAUAGAAUGUUUUUAAUCAUUAUAUUCAUUCGUGAUAUUUGUCUUGUCAUUGCAAAUUGUUCUACUUUCAAAACUUAACAAUGACUACC